CAUUGAUUAUUGUCCUUUAUUUGUAGCUAUCUAUUAUUUCUCUUCAUUUCUUAAAAUACCCUUAAUUUUGUACUUCUAUAAACCAUAUAUUAUCUAAAAAGCAAUGUCUCCUGCAAUGAAUUUGGCGGUCCAUGCUAAUGAAGAAGAUGAAAAUGAGUAUCAAAAGGGAGUCAAGUAUUUAUGUGAAAAGGGGAUUGCUAAAGUACCCAAUAAGUAUAUAUUGCCUGUCAUGGAGAGGCCAAAUAAAAUAAGUAAAAAUGAUGGUAUUAGUUACCCUAAUCUUAAGUUACCAGUCAUUGAUUUCAUGCAAUUACAAGGCUCAAAUAGAAUUGAAGUUCUCAAUUCCCUUUCUAAGGCUUGUGAAGAAUAUGGUUUCUUUCAGUUGAUAAACCAUGGAAUUUCGAGAGAGGCCAUUACGAAAAUGGUGGAAGUAGGUCGGAACUUCUUCGAGCUUCCUUUCGAAGAAAGAUCGAAAUACAUGUCGAACGACAUGAAAUCUCCGGCACGAUAUGGAACAAGUUUCAACCAAAAUAAAGAUAGAGUGUUUUGUUGGCGAGAUUUCUUGAAGCUUAAUUGCAAUCCUCUUUCAGAAAGUCUUCCUUUUUGGCCUUCUUUUCCUUCUCAAUUAAGGGAAACUGCGGUUAACUACUCCGAAAAAUCAAAAUUAUUAUAUCUAACGCUUGUGAAGGCGAUACUAGAGAGUCUCGGACUCGAUGAAACAAGCGAAAAAGAUGAGAAUUACAUGAAAGAAUUUGAAGAUGGGAGCCAAGUUCUGGUGGUGAAUUGCUAUCCUGAAUGUCCUGAACCAGAUUUAACUCUUGGGAUGCCACCACAUUCUGACUAUGGAUUUCUUACACUAGUUCUACAAGAUCAAUUAGUCAAAGGUCUUCAAAUUCAACAUCAAGAAAAAUGGGUCACUGUCGACCCAAUUCCUAAUUCCAUUGUUGUUAAUGUUGGUGAUCAUCUUGAGAUAUUUAGCAAUGGAAAAUACAAGAGCGUACUACAUAGGGUACUUGUGAAUUCAUCAAAGUCAAGAAUCUCCAUUGCUUCAUUACACAGUUUACCAUUCAGCAGCACCAUUCGACCGUCACCAAAACUUGUCAACGGAGACAAUCCUAAGCGUUACAAGGAUACAAAUUUUGCACAUUUUAUGGACUAUAUUACUUCUUGUGAACACAAGACCAAGAAUUUCUUGGAAUCAAGAAAAUUAAAGUCUUAGAAAAGGAUGAUAAUAGAAAAAGAAACGAAAACGAAAUAUAGAACUAGAAGAGUCUAGUCAUUUUCACUUUUUGUUGACAAAAGUUACAAAACAUUUGCAAUUGUACCUUGAAUAUUGAUAACAAAAACAUAUACUUUAUUUCUGUUAUA